AUGAGCAAUUCCUCCAUCACUGUACUACUUCAUUGUACUACUCAACCAUCUUCUUAUAAGCUCAACUCGUUCAAACGAUUACUUUUAUCUACCAACUCUACCAUGCGUUUCAAUAACAGCCUCUUCUUGCUCGCCUCUUUCCUCGGCGUCGCAACCGCUUUCCGUCGAAGCUGCAGGCCCAAUGCUAGUGGCAAACCCGCAGGCACCGGCUUUUAUACAAUUACAACAUCCGACACUUGGGAAAAUAUCGCGGCUGACUUUUGCAGCUCUGCAGGAGAGUUGAAAGUUAUGAACCAUGCCACUUCUUUUGAAACAGGAGCCUUUCUCUCAGUUCCUUGCAAAACUCGAAAGCGCGAUUGCUCUAGGAUCCAGGGCGAUAGCGAGGGAAAUGGCUACUAUACGGUCGUCGCAGGCGACGAUUUGGCAAAUAUUGCGGGAGAUUUCUGCACAGAUGCCAAUACUUUGCAGCAAAAAAACCCUACUACGAGCUCCAAUCCCCAAGCUGGCGCGAUCCUCGUAGUUCCUUGCGGCUGGAACUAG